AUGAGAGUUUUUUCGCAAUUACUAUUAGUAAAGAUUUUUCAACAUUAGUGGCUGGGUCUGAAUCACAAAUUAAAGUAUUUGAAUUUAAAUAAGGAGUGAUAAAACUAAUUUAAUGUUUAUCAGAACAUCAAGAAGGGUUGUGACUUUAAAUCUCUUGAAGAAAUUGAAUUAGUUCAUAUUUGGGAGAUAUGAUACAGAAUAUGGCAAAAAGUUAAAACCAACUAAUGGAUUGCCUAAUAGAUAUUUCAUGGCCAUAUUUAUGAUGUUUAUUGUUUAGUAUUAAAUUAUAAUGAAGAUCUAGUUAUCUCUUGAAGUGAGGACAGUAAUAUUAAGUUUUGGAUGA